AAUCGAGAGUAUAGAGUUUAAACUGUAGGAGUCAGUGCAUCUGGAAAAUUGGGGAUAUAUUUUCGAGGAGUUGGAGGUUUGACGAAAACUGAAAUUUCAUGGAAUAUUCAAACUGUCAUCAUUUACUGCAUCACAGUGAGGCCUAGUUCACCUUAUCGAAACACCCCCACGUGACAGUGGUAAAUAAAUAUAAAAAAAGAUGGAAUAAUAAUAAUUGAAGGGGUUAUUUACUGCAUUAAAAAUCAUUAAGCGAUUGAGAGAUUUUCCAGUAAUUUUAUCCUGCCUUUUAUCGAACGUCUUCGUCAGCUGUUCCACUCAGGAUUUUUCAACACGGGGGCUAGUGCUGGUGUAUUAUGCAUCAGAAUAGUGAUUAUCAACUAUUAUAAACCCGGCAAGAUGGACGAUGUAGUAUUCAAACUGUCAGAUCACAUUUUGGAGGUGAUAUUUUCGUUUUUAGAUCUUCCAACAUUGAGAAAUUGUGCGUUAGUCUGUAAAAAUUGGUAUAGAUUCUUGGAAGAUGAGAAUAAUGAUGUCUGGAGGGGACAGUGUCUCGGUAAAUUAGCACAGGAGGCACUCAGUUCUGAUCUUCUGUCGUCGGUGCCAACGUAUAAAGAAAAAUUCAGGGCUUUUUAUCAUGCCUGGAAUCCAAACGACUGCUCCAGGAAUAUUUAUAUAAAACCCAAUGGAUUUACCCUCCACAGAAAUCCUGUAGCCCAGAGUACUGAUGCCUGCAGAGGUAAAAUUGGAUUCAGACAUGGUCGCCAUGCUUGGGAGGUCAUCUGGGAAGGUCCUCUGGGUACAGUGGCUGUCAUUGGAAUUGCCACGAAGGAGGCACCCCUCAUAUGUCACGGAUACGUCGCCCUUUUGGGCUCUGAUGAACACUCCUGGGGUUGGAACCUAGUCGACAAUCAUCUCCUGCACAAUGGCGAUGCCCAGGGCAAUUAUCCUCUGUUAAAUAAUGCACCAAAAUAUCAAGUCGGUGAGAAAAUCAGAGUUAUUCUGGACUGCGAUGACAACACGUUGUCCUUCGAGAAGAAUUACGAAUUUCUUGGUGUUGCUUUUCGAGGAUUGCCUGAUAAGCGAUUGUAUCCGUCAGUCUCAGCGGUCUAUGGUAAUACAGAGGUCUCAAUGGUGUACCUGGGGCCUCCCCUGGAUGGCUAACAUUUUAUUAUUGAACUCAAUUACUGUUCCAAGAACCUAAUGAGUGUUUUCACGUUUCAUCUAUCAAUGUCCAGGGGAAAACUCAAAUAAUACGGAGAUUUCAAUGUUGAAGUUGCAUUCCAGUGUUUCGAAAAUGUUUUUUUUUUUGUUUUUAAUGUGAUUGUGGGAGGUAUUUAUUUAUUUUUUGUUCAAUUCGUGUGUGCGCGUUGUGUAGUUCGAAUGAAAGGAUUUUACGGCGUUGGAAUUUCGGUUUCUAUAAUAAUUGAAUAGUUCUCAGUGAAAACAAAUAUUCUGUCCAUUUCAUGUGUAAUAUACAGGGAAAUUCAAUUGCUACAAUAAUUUUCGGUGGUAUAUACAGAUAACUACUGUUUUUACAUAAUCAAUGUUGAUAAUAUUAAUUAAGAGCCUCUGCGAUUUUAUCGUUGCCAUUAUUCAGUGUCAUUAACGUAAAAACAAUUUACAUGUAAAUAUUUUCAAUUUCAUUUCAUUAACGAGCAAAAUAUUCACAUCUCAAUUACAAUACUUUCAUUAUUUUUGUAUAAAUUCAAUGUAUAUAAUCCGACUGGUGUUCAGGAAAAAAAAAACAAUUUCAUUUCGUUUGAAAAUUUGUCAUAUGCAUAAAAGAUUCAAUAGACAUGUAUUAUAUGUAAAUAAAUGAAUUUAUUUGGAA